AAACCAACCUCUUAUUUCCUCUCCAAUUAAUUCUACUUCUUCUAUCUUCCUCCUCCUCCACUCUCCCCCUCUCCAAUGGCUUCCUCCUCCCUAUCCCUCCUCACCCCCCACAAUGCCUCCACCGCCACCCACCUUAUCCUGGGCACCCCUAAAUCCCCUAACAUGCGCUCUUCCUACCGACCCAUGUCCGUCAAAGCGCGCACAGUCCCCGCGCUCACUCAAGAUGACCUCAAGAAGCUCGCCGCCGACAAGGCCGUCGAGUAUGUCAAAUCCGGAAUGGUCCUCGGCCUCGGCACCGGCUCCACCGCCGCCUUCGUGGUCUCCAAGCUCGGCGAGCUCCUCAAAUCCGGCGAAUUGAAGGACAUUAUUGGAGUCCCGACUUCCAAGCGCACGGAGGACCAAGCUCGCCAGUUGGGUAUUCCCCUUUCGGUGCUCGACGAUCACCCGAAGAUCGAUUUGGCGAUCGACGGCGCCGAUGAGGUCGACCCAAAUCUCGAUUUGGUCAAAGGGCGCGGCGGAGCUCUGCUGAGGGAGAAGAUGGUGGAGGCGGCGUCGGAGAAGUUUGUGGUGGUGGCGGACGAGACGAAGCUGGUGACGGGGCUUGGCGGAAGCGGGCUGGCAAUGCCGGUGGAGGUGGUGCAGUUCUGCUGGAAAUACAACUUGGUGAGGCUUCAGGAGCUGUUUAAGGAAGAAGGGGUGGAGGCGAAAUUGAGGGUCGACGGCGACGGGAAGCCGUAUGUGACUGAUAACUUCAACUACAUUGUGGAUUUGUACUUCCAGACUCCGAUCAAAGACGGACCGGCGGCAGGGAAGGAGAUUUUGAAAUUCGAAGGUGUUGUGGAACAUGGGUUGUUCUUGGACAUGGCGACGGCGGUGAUCAUUGCCGGCACGGAUGGAGUGGAUGUGAAGACCAAGUGAUUGGAUUUUUGGAUAUUUCCGGUGGCGGUGAGUGUUGAACCUCCAUUUGUACUGUGUUUUUUCAUAUUUUUUGGUGGGGUUUUGUAUUUGCUGCUUGUUCUUCAGUAUUUCACUGUGAAAUUUAGUUCCUUUGGUGUAACUUUUAAUUCGCGAUAUGGGGAAUUAGUUGAAAAUCCUGCAUUCCAUGCUCUUCUUGUUGGUUGAGCAUCGAUCAGUAGUAUACUAACAAUACUAAGGAAUGAUGAAAGUGUAAAUUGUGAAAUAAUAUGAAAUGUUACCUUCGUGCUUCUCCGA